UUUUAAAUUUGAAAAUUAAUAAAAUUAAUUUCAAUCAAAUGCAGAUCGGGACAAGCACUUGCAAAUUACUGGCGGAGUUAUUCACAGCUGUUGCAACUGAAGAGAUUGCUGUAGAGGAAGAACGGCUUGAACUAGCUGAUAGAUCCACCUUUAUUCCCGCCCAGAUGUUCUGUAGGAUCGAUAAAUUCAGUUCUGGAGAAAUUGAACUCAACGAUAUUCUGGAUUUCUGUGAAGAAAACGGCCUAAAUUGUACCCCAAGAGAAGCUGAAUUGGUUAUAUCUCAGUUUGAUGAAAAUGGUAAUCUUAAAUUAUCCUAUGACGAGUUCUUGCAGUUUGUACUCCCAACUACUAAUGAGAGGCUUAGGGUAAUGGCUGAAGAGAGAACAGUGCCUCAUGGACAUCCUCGAGAAAGACAGCUUCAUCCCUCGUUGGAGGAUCGAAUGACAAGACUUUUCUCCAAGGAAAUUGAUUUUCAAAGAAUUACAGAGCGAAUCAGGAUCGAUCUUCAGGAGAGAUAUGACUUUUCACUCAAAGGUGCUUUUGACCAGGUUGAUACCUCUUCUCCCCAAGGGUUCAUAGACCGGAAUGAGAUAAGAAAUUUCGUUGAGAAACAUUUAAAGUUCUUGUCAGAAGCAGAACUUGAUGCUAUCAUUAGAAGGUGAGAUACAGAUGCAGAUGAAGUUCUUUCCUAUAUCGAAUUUUCAGAGCUAAUUCGAGGAAUAAGACCUGAGCUUUCUUCUAAAAAGUCUUUUAAAAGAAGGGAGGAAUUUGUUGAUCCUACUCCUGUUCCUAAUGAAAAAGAUAUAAUCCAUCCAGACACCCAUUCCAAUCAGAAAUCAUUCAGAGAAUAUGAUAGAAAGCAUCAACCUUAUAGUCCUGCAAGAUAUUCUAAACCCUAUAAUCCUACCAGAGAUCCUCAACCCUAUAGUCCAUCGAGAGUGCAUAGUCAUACGUAUUACAGUGAAGCAAAGCCUCAUUUCGAGACUUUCCAGCAUCAAUAUUCUCCAACAAGGAUUUGCAAUCCUCCUGAGAGGUUCAGUAAUUCCGUUCAUAAUUACUCAACUCAUAAAGAAACAACUAGAAUUUCUCAACAAGAAAGUGGGCUUCCAAGAGAGUAUCUAAUUCAUAGAAAUCACUCGCCCGUUAGAGAAGAAAUUAAGCAAUAUUCUCCUAAAAUUCAGACUGCUAUAAAGUACUCUUCGCGAGGAUGCUCUCCAAUGAAGAGAUCUCCUUCCAAGAUCAUAACUACAGACACUUACAAGAAUCAUGGGAGGAUCGAAAGCCACACCACUGUUGAAAGGAUGAAAGACUCUCCUAUGAAAGGAUGUGAAGAAGAGGAGUUCGCACUCUGUCUUCAAGAACUCAUCAAACAAGAAGCUGAGCUUGAAAAAUCCAAGCAGAUGCUUGCACAUCGCAGAGAUUUCACUCUUCAUGAUGCAUUUAAAAUAUUUGACCUCUCCUUCCUUGGAAAAAUAUCAACACUUGAAAUUAAGGAAGUAUACGACCAAUAUGGAAUUCCUAUCUCCAUCGAAGAUGCUAGGCUAUUCAUGUCUAGAUUUGAUCGGAAUAGAGAUGAGCAACUUACCUUCGAGGAAUUUGUCGACAUUUUCCUACCAAUUGAUGGAGUUUUUGCAACCUCUUUAGAUCUACGGACUAGGAAAUAUCCCGAUGGGUACUACCAGAUCCCUGAAAUCCAAGAUUCUAUCACUCGUAAUAACUUUGCUUUUGUGCUGAGACUGACCAUAGAGGUUGAAAGAAAAGCUGAAUCAAUCCGUCAACAAAAUUCCUUCCGUCCGUUAUUUAACCGUUCUGAUGCAUUCCAGGCUAUCAACAGCUCAGGUAGUUACAUAACCAAGGAGGACUUCUCAGAACUCCUUUCAAAGCAUCGGUUCUAUGCCACUAACAAAGAGCUGAACUAUCUAAUGGACAGAUUCGACAAAAAUAAGGAUGAAAGGGUAUCUUACGGCGAAUUUAUUGAUGAAAUAACUCCUCAUUCUCCUCAAAAAUAUUAACCAUUUUAACA